CCCGCCCAAAAUGAGGAAACGGAGGAACUUGCUCCAAGUUGUGCUGCCAGGGCCGCCUGGGGGCCUGGCACUCCGGCCCAUCUCAGUCAGGAUGCCCACAAGGCGCUGGGCCCCAGGCACCCAAUGCAUCACCAAGUGUGAGCACACGCGCCCGAAGCCUGGAGAGCUGGCCUUCCACAAGGGCGACAUGGUCACCAUCCUGGAGGCUUGUGAGAGCAAGAGCUGGUACCGAGCCAAGCACCACGCCAGCGGGCAGGAGGGGCUGCUGGCGGCGGGUGCGCUGCGGGAGCGUGAGGCCCUCUCAGCGGAUCCCAAGCUCAGCCUCAUGCCGUGGUUCCACGGGAAGAUCUCGUGCCAGAAGGCGGUGCAGCUGUUGCAGCCGCCCGAGGAUGGGCUGUUCUUGGUGCGGGAGUCGGUGCGGCAUCCCGGGGACUACGUGCUCUGCGUGAGCUUCCACCGCGAAGUCAUCCACUACCGCGUUCUGCACCGUGAUGGCCACCUGACCAUCGACGAGACCAUCUGCUUUUGCAACCUCAGUGGAUAUGGGUCCAAGGAGCCACCUAAAGUUGCCUUCACCUUUUGGGACCUCUGCUUCCCCAGCUCCGUUGACAUGUGA